UGACAGCGGAGAAUACAGCUGUAGAGGAAAAGGAAACAAUCRGUUCACACAGUGGACUAAUUACUCAUUAAGUGUUUCAACAAAUAAACCCAGAGCCWCAAUGACAGCAAGUCCAACGAUCAUACCAGCAGGGGGCAGUGUAACACUGAGAUGCUCGGUGGACAUGGGUGAUGGUUGGAGGAUUUACUUGUUCAGACAGGAUCCAGAUCAGCCAGUAGAAAUCAAUGAACCAGAUGGAGUCUUCAUCGUCUCAGAUGGAGGUGUUUACACCUGCAGAGGAGGAAGAGGAGAUCCAGUUUUCUACACUGAAACCAGCAGAGUGGUCACUAUUCAUGAGACUGUCAACAUUAAACCCACAAUAACCAGGAAACCCAACUGGCCUCAGAUAUUCAGAGGAGAGAGAAUCAGUCUGAGAUGUGAGAUCAGAGGAGGAGGAACUCAGUGGACGUAUGAAUGGAAAAAAAACAAGAUAAACUCUCCACCAUUUGAUGAAUACAUGAACAUCUCAGCUGGAUAUAGUGGCAGAUUCAGCUGCAGAGGAAAAGGAAACUAUCAGUUCACACAGUGGAGUGAUGAUUUCUCAUUAGCUGUCACUUCAAAUAAACCCAGAGCCUCACUGACAGUGAAGGACACAAUCAUACCAGUAGGGGGCAGCGUAGCACUGACCUGCUCUGUGGACAUCGGUGAAAGCUGGAAGAUUUACUGGUUCAGACAUUCACAUCGUACAGCUCGGGACAUAAUAAACAAUAAACCAGAUGGAGUCCUCAGGGUCUCAGAUGGAGGUGUUUACAGCUGCAGAGGAGGAAGAGGAGGAAGAGGAGAUCCAGUUUUCUACACUGAAUACAGCACAAAGGUCACCAUUCAUGAAACUGGUAAACUUGUUCCUGUCCUCUCUGUGUCUCCAUCAUGGCUGAAUCCUGGAGCCUCAGUGACUCUGAGCUGUGAGGUUAAAUAUCAGGAUGCAGGUUGGAGGUUCUUCUGGUAUAAAGCUGUUCCUGACUCAUCAGUCAGAUAUUAUAGAUUUGAGCUGCUUCCUAACAGCACCAAUGGUACUGAACAGAACUACAUCAUUAAUGGACCGACUCACACAGCAGGAUUUGUGUGCAGAGCAGGAAGAGGAGAACCAGUGAACUACACUGAAUACAGUGAACCAAAGUUUGUCUGGUCUGCAGAUCCUCAUCCAGCAGCUUCUCUCUCAGUGAAUCCUGACAGAGUUCAACACUUCAGAUCUGAAUCUGUGUCUCUGAGCUGUGAGGGAAACUCUACUUGGAGAGUGAUGAGGUUUACAGAAACAGAUUCACUGUCAGACUGCUCCAUCUGGGGUAAAAUGAAUGGAUCCACAAGUACCAUCAACAUAAACCAGUCUGAUAGUGGAGUUUACUGGUGUGAGUCUGGAUCAGGAGAGUUCAGCAACGCUGUCAACAUCACUGUACAUGUAACUGCAUCCAGUCCUGUCAGCUCUUCAUUUCCUGUCAUGUUGAUCAUUAGACCAGUUGUUGGAAUCGUUGUCAUGACUCUCCUGUUCUUGUUGUGGCGCUUCAGACGGUCCAGAGAUUUAAGCAGUAACAGACUGAAUCAAGCAGAGACCCAGAAUGACGGUUCUGUUUACAGCUCUCUGCUUCAUGGUGACUCUUCCCUCUAUGAGACAAUCCAACUCGGCAGAGCCUCAGGAAACGUUUCAGCAGAGAUGAUUCAUCAUCCAGCAGAAGAUUCUGACUAUGAUGAUGUUGACCAAGAAAAACAGAAUUCUGCAGCAACAGACCCAGCAGUGUCAACUGAAUGAUUCUCCUGCAUGAGAUAAAAGCUGUUUUCUUGGAUAAUCCCAUAUUUUUGUAAAUGUAUGUUUUUAUUUUGAACAUGAUGGAAAUAUAAAACCACACACACAAACCAGGAAUGCAAAAGACACUUUUUUGUACUACAAUAUUCUUAACAUGCUCGAAACAGAGUAGGAAGAAGUAAGAAACUUAUGAACUCCAUAAACACAUACAGUGUUUUUAAAUGAACUCAUUAAAUCAAUU